UCAUCCCUGACCAGGAUGGAAGUUUUGAAGUCUUGUUUACUUAGAAGAAGGGCUUGCGCCACCGCCGCUGCCGCCUGCUUCUGGAGAAGCAAAGCUAUCCCAAAGCGGCCAGUUAGAGAGAUUAGCACUACGCCCGCGAGGAGCACUGUCAUGCCGGCCUGGGUGAUAGAUAAAUAUGGGAAGAAUGAAGUUCUUCGAUUCAAUCAGAACAUGAUGUUACCGAUCAUACACUAUCCAAACGAAGUCAUUAUCAAAGUCCAUGCUGCCAGUGUAAACCCAAUAGAUGUUAACAUGAGAAGCGGUUAUGGAGCAACAGCUUUAAAUAUGAAGCGAGACCCUUUGCAUAUGAGAACCAGAGGAGAAGAGUUUCCACUGACGCUGGGUCGGGAUGUGUCUGGUGUAGUGAUGGAGUGUGGGCUUGAUGUGAAGUAUUUCCAGCCUGGAGACCAGGUCUGGGCUGCAGUUCCUCCUUGGAAACAAGGCACUCUCUCAGAAUUCGUUGUGGUCAGUGGGAAUGAGGUCUCGCACAAGCCCAAAUCACUCACUCAUACUCAAGCCGCUUCUUUGCCGUAUGUGGCUCUGACAGCCUGGUCUGCCAUAAACAAGGUUGGCGGUCUGAAUGCCAAGAAUUGCACGGGAAAACGUGCUUUAAUCUUGGGUGCCUCCGGUGGAGUUGGUACCUUUGCCAUACAGAUAAUGAAAGCGUGGGGUGCUCAUGUGACAGCAGUUUGCUCUCAGGAUGCCGGUGAGCUUGUAAGGAAGCUUGGAGCAGAUGAAGUCGUUGAUUACACAUCGGGAAGUGUGGAAGAGCAAUUGAAAUCCUUAAAACUGUUUGACUUCAUCCUUGACAAUGUUGGUGGAUCUACUGAAACAUGGGCUCUAAAUUUCCUCAAGAAGUGGUCAGGAGCCACCUAUGUGACCCUGGUGACCCCUUUCCUCCUGAACAUGGACCAACUGGGCAUUGCUGAUGGCAUGUUGCAGACAGGAGUCACCAUGGGUUCCAAGACAUUGAAGCAUUUCUGGCAAGGAGUCCAUUACCGCUGGGCCUUCUUCAUGGCCAGUGGUCCAUAUCUAGAUGAAAUUGCAGAGCUGGUGGAUGCAGGAAAGAUCCGGCCAGUUAUUGAACAAACCUUCCCCUUCUCUAAAGUCCCAGAAGCCUUUCUGAAGGUGGAAAGAGGCCACGCCCGAGGGAAGACUGUGGUUAACGUCAUUUAAAUGAACGUGUGCGCGCCAGCUACUUUAGGUUACUGCUUUUGUCUGGCUGAGUGCCUGUGAGCUAGGUAUCUAGCUCCCAAUAGAUAUUUUUCCAAGUUAGAUUGUAAGUUUCAUGAUAUGUUUAAACCUAAAUAUGGACGGGUAAGAGGGCUCAGCAGAUAAAGGUACCCGAGUUCCAUCCCAGGGACUCACAUAAGCAGGGAGCAGAGAACUGACUCCACAGAAUUGUUUCCUGUCCGCCUUCCCCAUACACAUGCCUCCACAAUGAUAAGGAAAAUAAAUAAUUUUUUAGUGUA